AGGAAAGAGACGAGACGUUACGUAUUCUUAAUAUAAAACUCAAAGAACGGUGGCCAGGCUUUAAAAGUCAUCAGCUGUUAACAAUCAACUCAAGACUAGCUGAAGUAUGUCGGGAAUGCACAGGCGAGUCAACGCCAGACCUAGUAGCUGUCUGUAAAGCUAUUACAAGAAUGCUUCCAGGGUCACUCAACAACAUUAUUGCAAAAUCCCUAAGAACACCUUGUGACUUCAUGAUCUUUACUGAGAAUGUGUUGAAAAGUUCUCUCAGACAGCUGAAAUUUCCUGUUGUUAAAAGACAGAAACUGCAAACUGAGAGCUGGGCUGAUCUAGAUAAAGUUAAGACAUUGUCAGAAAAGAUGAAAACCGGAGUCAAUGCGAAGAUUGGCGAUCUUGAAAAGAGGUUUGUAUCUCACCUAGAGUCGCGAUUGGUUCGUGAACGUUUUUAUAAAUUGGAUAUACCAUCCCUAUCAGUUGCAGAGAAGGCAGCCUUUGAUGCCGGAAAUGUAGAGCAAUUUGUAGGUAUAAAGCUAGGUCAGAUUGCAGAAAAUUUCCUAGACACAGACGAUUUUCAAGAAUGGGCUAACACAACACUGAAGGAAGAUGUUACGGAAGCACGGGAAUUGCUCAAUGCAACUAGUUUGCGCAUACAUGGUUGUAAUGCAUGCAACAGGUCAGCAGUACCCUCAGUACUAGAAACAAUUGAUGCUUUAAAAACUAUCGGAGCAACCGUGACUGCAGGAGCUGUCGUAGGUGCGAUCGCAGGAGCGCUGAUAGGACAACUUCCAAUUGGGGUUGAAAUAGCAGUAACAAUGGUAGAAGGUGCAACUGUAGUAGGAGCGGCAGUGGCCAUGCCUUUAGGACUCGUUCUUGGAGCAGUUACUGCGGCGGCUAUUUUAGUAGGCAAAAUGCAGUGGAAAAAAAAGAAGAUAGAAGCUUUUCAAAAAAAAAUUAAAGAAGCUUAUGACAAGAUGAUCAUGAACAAAGACACACUUUCAAAAUAUGCACACAACCUGAUCUCGACGUUGGCAAAGAUUCGUUGCGAGUCUGUGAAAGAUGUAUUGGACAUACUUCCUCAAAAAUGGAAUGACCUUCACAAAACCUUGAUUGCAAUUGAAAGUCUACAAGAAAAGAACAGACCACACUAUCAAAAGCUGCUGUCAAAAUGGCAAGAUCUACAUGGCAAACUAUCGAUGAUGAUGCUUCAAUUCAUGCGUCACACAUUUACCAGCAAUGAUGGCUACUGGCCGCAGUCAAUGCCACCGGUAGGUGUCGGAAGUUUUGCUGAAGUUUACAAAGUCACUAAUCCUGAAGUGGGUGAAUCUGCAUUGAAAGUAAUGAGAGAUGACAUUACGCAGCAAACAGCUUGUGAUUUGAGAAAAGAAAUUGAUAUUUGCAGGCAAUGCAAGCAUGAGAACAUUGUCAAGUUCUACGGGUCAGUACAACUGUCAUCACACCCUCUGAAGAUAGGAUUGCUGUACGAAUGGUGUGAACGCGGAACUUUGGCUUCUUUCAUUAGAGAUGACAAAGAAGAACCAGCCUACACAAUAACUGGCUUUCCGAUUGCUCAAAGUUUUGUACUAGAUAUGCUAAGUGGGAUUGGUUAUCUACAUGGCAAUGGCAUCAUUCAUCGAGAUCUGAAACCCGAAAAUGUGCUCAUAACAAACCAGAGAAAAGUGCGUCUUGCAGACAUGGGAUUGGCAAAGCCAAUCCAACAAGUGAAGGGUACAGCAUGUGGAACCCCGUCGUACAUGGCACCAGAAGUAUUUCGUGAGAAGCCAUGCACAGAAAAAGCAGAUAUGUUUAGUUUUGGAAUUAUCAUGUGGGAGCUGUGGAACAAACAACGAGCGCAUCAAGUUACAACAAUACCCUUGCCGCAGUUCUAUGAGCGUGUAGAAAACGGUGAUCUUCGCCCAGGCGACGGAGAAUUUCUUGGUGAAAAGAUCCCACUUAGACAAGGACAAUCAGUUUCUAUUUCUGGGCGCUAUCCACAACCGUGCCAAACUGAUGUAAUGCAUCAGGCUCAAGCAAAAAGGUGGGCAGAUGUGGCAAGAGACUGCUGGUCAUCAGACCCUGACAAACGACCAUCAGCAAAUGCAGCGCACAAGGAAAUAGCUAAUAUUGUUGUUGAAUAAUCGUCAGUUUGUGAAUCAUUAGUAUGACUAUCAAUGUAUAUGAGCUGUAUGCUCAUUAAAUGUUUUUAGAAAGAUGAAAUUUAAAUUUCUAUGCAUUUGUAUAUGGCAGCAACAAUUGAACACAAUAACUGGUUGCUAGUUAUAUCGUAGCUGUUUGCAUAGUAACAAGUCUUGUGUCUGUGCUAGCUUGUAAGCUGUAAUCUCAGUUUCAGUGUAUGUCUAUAAUGGCACUUUCAAUAUCAAUAUUGCAGUGU